UUGAGCAAAUAUACUAACUAAUCAACGAACAAAAAACAACUCAUAUCUCUCUUGCUUUUUGUUAUUCAUUUCCCUUCCAUUUCUACUUUACCAAGCCAAGUCCAAACCGAUCAAAUGGCCAUGUUCUCAGCUUUUCUCAAUUGCUUCUUACCGUCUGCAUCGUCGCAGGUCUCUGAUAAUGCAAGAGGGUCUAAUAGCAGCGUAAUGGAGCAUUCUUCAAAAGACUCCGAGAAAAGAAAGUCACAAUCAUCGUUAUCAUCAUCUGGAGCUCCCAUACUCGUCUCUUACUUCCCCCAAAAUUCGUAUCUCUCUCGCUUGUAAAGUUGUAAUUCUUUUUUCUUAACUUUGACUAGGUAUAAUAAUGAAUCUGAUCGAAUCAUUAUUAUACCUAGUCACUUCUUCAAUCUGAUCGAAGAAGGAUAUACCUACUUUCAUUGAUCAUGAUGAUAUGAUCAUGAAAGUAAGUAUACCGUAUAUUAAGUUGUAAUUCUUUUUUAAUGAAUCUCAUGCGUAUACGGUAUACCUACUUCAUGAUCAUAUCAUCAUGAUCAAUGAACUGAAUAUAUCGAGUUCACUUCGCGACGGCAUCAGUGACUCUGAGGGGGAAGUGCCCUGGAUGACAGUUCGCUAAGCAGCUUGUGGCAGACUGAAGUCAGGGAAGGAAUUUACGAUCAUUAAAAAACAAGUGGGAAAAACAGCAUUGGAAUGAGUGUUAUGGCUUGCUGAAAUGUUGAAUCUAUCUAGCUAUCCUGUACUUGGGAGUAGUUUCAUGAUUUCAUGUUUAUAUCUUUCUUUUUGUAAUUCUGGGUUUGAUGUUUAUGUUAAUUAGUGUGAUAUUUCAGUUUCCUUAAGAAAUAAUAAGAGAACUUGAAGUUCAAUUAUUCCUCACGGAUUGUUUUUAAUAGAGUUUUUUUGUACAAACCAAGCUCAAUAAA